CUGAAAAGAACUAGCGCAUUUCUCGUGCAGCAGAAACGAGCAGUCCGGUUAUUCGAAGGUUUUUUUGCUUGUGCAUUGAUUCUGAAGGUUCAAUUAAUGAGAAAUUAAUAAAAUGAAUCCUACACAACUGGAUAAUUUCAAUAAAUUGAAAAAUAGUAAUGAUGUAUUAAGAAUAAAUGCUGGAGUUGCAUUAUCGCAUCAUCUAUAUCAACAAAGCAUGAAUCAAAAUGGUAAUAGGGAUUUAAAUUAUGCGUUAACCAGAUUAGUGCGUAGCUUAGGAUCAUCAACAGUAUUUGCAAGAAGAGGAUUUUAUAGUACUUUGACGAUCUUUCUAAAAUUGACGCAUCAUGAAAAUCCAAUAGAAAAACUUUUGUCUAUAAUGAAUACUCAAUUGCAUCCAGCUAGCAGUAAUCCAAAAAACGAAAAUGCUGAUAUAUAUAUGGGACAUAUAUUACUUUGCGGUGCAUUGAUGCGAUCCGAGUCAUUAGCUCAGAAUACUAUUGAAAUUCAACAACAAGUUGUAGAAACUCUUUUGAAUGCUGGCAGACAACGCAGCUAUUUGUCAUUCGUCUCUGUUAUGUUUCUUAGCGACUUUAUUGUGCGACAUCUUUCUGAUAAAUCUAUGAAGAAAGUUGUCUGGCCAAUUAUUGAAAAACAAUUUGUCAAACCAUGGUCUGAACAAACUUUGGAUACAUUUUAUAUAUUGCUUAUUGUUAGAGACAAGUAUCCAUCGCUGCUUGAUCAUAAGUUUUUAAAAGAACACUUGGGUGUGAGAGAUAUUAUUACUAAAGAAUCUAUGGAAAAUAUCAUCAAAUUACUAAUGAGCUUACCUAGAAUUGUCUCUUAUCAUCAUCCAGUUGUCAAGCUAUUUUGUGAGAAGUUAAUAUCAUCUGAACUUGUAGCAGAUUUUUGGAGAAUCUUUGACCAGAAAUUUGUAAAACCAUCGAAGAGUGAAGAAUAUCUUGCUAUAGAAAUUUUACGAUUGAUACUUUCCAAAGAUAUCACGGAUAAGACUAUAAUUCCGUUAUUAUUAUCUCCAAAUCUCUUGCAACACAUGUUGAAAAAAUGUUCUAAUUGUAAAAAUAAUAAUGAUGAGAUUUUAAUAGCAUUCAAAGAAGUUUUACAUCUGAUGAUAUAUAUUAUAAAUGAUAAAGAUAUUGACACGGAGACACAACUGAACAUAUUAAAGAGAUUGAUAUUACAUCCUGGUGACUUAAUGAUAGAAAAGAAGACAGGUACCAAAGUAAUACAAGUAAUAACGGCAAAUCUGAAAUUUGAUGGUGUUCAGAAAUUAUGCCAGUUAUAUAGAGAUAUUAUAGAAAUCAAGAUAACCAGGAAAAGAAGUGACAUAAAAUCAGAAUUAUGGACAAAUGCCGAGCGGAGUUAUGCGGCACAACUGUUAACAAGAUUGAUGGGACACCCGGAGACACUUUCAAAACAGGACUGGAGACUUGCUGAAUUGAUAUUUUUGUUUAAUUAUGGUUUAUGUGAAGUGCCAAAUGUUGGAAUAGACUUGGCACCGCAACUUAAGGAUUCGUUUUAUCGUGCACUGGAUUGUAAAUUACCAAAAUUGGACGAUGUUCGAAAUUUAUUAAGUGCACUAGUUCAUGAUAUCGAUUCGAAAUUAAGAUCUAAUACUAUACAAUUAAGAUCACCAUUGAAUGAUGUAACAUUUGAUUCUUGGAAAAGAGUGAUUGAUUUGAUCGACAAAUUGGAGAAUACUGCAAAGAAUGCAGAAGCUCUACCGAUAUUCCAUACAAUGAAUUUACAUAUGGGCUUACAGUUAUUUUCAGAUCCUGAAGUGGCAAUUAUGUCGAUUAAUGAACUUCAAUGCUGUUACGAGAGAUUUAUUAAACGUUCCAAAGAACACAAUGUAGCCAUAGAAGAGGAAGAACCACACUGGGUUGAAGUAGUAGUGGAUCUUUUGUUAUCUCUUUUGUCCAGGAACAAUCAUCUAUUACGUUCAUUAGUUGGCUGCGUAUUUCCACAUAUCUGUCCAUAUUUGACUUCAUCUGCUGUUUAUCCAAUAUUGGCUGUGUUGGAUAUAAAAAAUAAUUAUGAUGCACUCACCGUGAAGGAAAGUGAUACAUGUUCAGAUACAGAGGAAGAAACUGACUGUGAUGAUAUUGAGAACGAUGUUUCAAACAGUGAAGUUUCAUCAGAAGUCAGUGAAUCCGAAUCCGAUGGUGAAAUUUUCAACGGAGAUGAAACAUUGACGGAUAGAUUGCGAAUAGCAGUGCAUCGAGCUUUAGGUGACGCUGCGACCAAAACUGACGAAGAAGAUAUUGAUGUAGACCAAAUGAAUGACGACGAAGCCAAGAAAUUAGAUAAAUCUUUGGCAGCGGCUUUCAAAAUUUUACGAGUAAACCGUCAGAUUCGCAAUAAAAAGCAAGAAAAAACAGAUCAAGCUUUGACACAUUUUAGAGUCCGUGUCAUAGAUUUGUUGGAUAUCUAUUUAGAUACUUGUCCAUCUAUGGCAAUUAUUGUAGACAUGAUUGUGCCACUUUUUUCCUUAUUAGAGUUCUGUAUAAAAGAUCCGCAUCAGAAACCUCUGGAACAUAGAGUUCGUUCUUGCUUGAAAAAAUUGGCAACGGUAAAGAAGUUUAACGAUAUAACACAUAUUGAUGAUAAUUUAUUAACGACAGUGUUAAAGGUUCUAAUCGAAAAAGGAGAACGUUCUGCUUCAGUCUAUCAAGAAAUAAGUGAUAAAUUAGCAGAGUGUUGUACCUUUCUUGUAAGAUAUAUGCAACAAGCUGAUUUAUCAAUUGAGGGCGUUGUUGGAAUUUAUGUGGAAAACUUAACUGCAUUUUUUAAGAAAAGAGACUGCGUCCUUCCAUUUAUGUUAUUUAAGGGUGUAUUACAGCUUUGUUGGAAAGGUAAUUGGCAGCUGGCAUCUGCACUGGUGGACUUUGCUUUUGACAACAGUAUCCGAUAUUUUCGCAGAAGUCAGGCACUUGAAUUGUUGUUAAUUUUCUAUAAUAAUAAUCGGUUGCAACGUAUGAAUACAAAAUAUGAACACGUGAAAAUAGAAAUAGAAAUGAAACUUUACAAUAAUAUUAUAUGCACGUUCAAAGAGUUAUGUAAUCUACGUGCAAAUGAUAAUAGCCAAUCUUUCUCGUGCAAUGUUACUGAUGUGCAGAAAAAAGUACAACAAAAAUUUAUUGGUCUUCUUCUCACAUUAUUACGUGCUACUUAUACCUCUCACGUGCCACAAGCAUGGGAUUGGCCAAAAAUGAAAACCAUAUUAGCAAUGUAUACAAGACAAAAUAUUCUUCCCAAAGAUGUAAAAAGCGCAUAUAAGAAACUUGAAAUGCAAAUAGGACUUAAUUCAUCAUCCGUAAAAGACAGUACCGAGAUGAAUUACUCAAUUAAUACCGCCAUAUGUAAUAAAGGCAAAGAAAGUAAUGCGAGAUUGCAAAAAAGAAAAAAAAAUAAUUCAAAAGAAGAGACUUCAUUUUUUAGUAAUGGUAUACGGGAGAAGAAGAAAAGUAAGCAAAAAGAUAAACAAGUAUCAAAGGGAAAAGUCUACGAAUCACAUGAAAAAGUUAUAUCUGAAGAUUUGAAGCCGUUUAAUUUCAGCGAAAUGAAUUUAACAGAUAACCAAGUGAAUAUAACGGGAACUCUUCAAAAUAAAGACUCAUAUGAUGAUAAAAUUAUAUGUUCAAAAUUCUCACAGAAAAGAAAUCACGAGCAAGCUAUGGGGAAAGAUGGUGUAUUUAAAAGAAGGAGACAGGAUGGUAAAAAAUGUGCCUAAUGGAACUUGUAAUUUUUUUUAACUAUAAAAGAAUAAACAAACAUGAAAAUUAAAUCUUUAUAUUUUUAUAAGCAGGAGAAGAUAAAAUUGCUCAACAAUAUCACGCAUGCGUCGAAUUCAUUUUCCCUUGCCUCUCACAACGGGGUGCUUUAUUAACGUGAGUUCCCCUUGUCUCUCGUCGAGGUGCUUGUUUUAUGCGAAUCCCCUUGCCUCUCACGAGGUGCUUUAUUAAGUCGUCCUUGCUUCUCACGUCAGAAUACUUAUCGUAAACAAAUAUGCGCCGGUAAUAACCAUUUACCGUAGACCCAAUGGUCACU